UUGAAGUAAAAUGCAGUUCCUACAAAGUGAACACAUAUCAAGAUAAAUGAUUAUGACAUCUAACGGUCCUGCCCGCGCAAACAUUCGAAAAGGAAAUACUGUCAUGCUUCAAUGGUUAAUUUAUAUACUUUUAUUUGGAGUUUCCACAUGUUUCUCUGAUGUGGAACCUGGGCCCGGUGGGACGCCAGUUCAGAUUAAUAGUGAUAAGUUCAAGAUCGAAGGCCGUGCAAUUGUUCCAGGAGUUAAACCACAGGAUUGGAUUUCUGCAGCUCGUGUGCUAGUUGACGGCGAGGAACACGUUGGCUUUUUCAGACAGGAUGGAAGUUUUGCAGUCAGUGACGUUCCAUCCGGAUCAUAUGUGGUGGAAAUUGUAUCCCCAUCCUACAGAUUUGAACCUGUCCGUGUAGACAUUACAUCCAUAGGAAAAAUGAGGGCCCGCAUUGUUAAUUAUAUCAAGACGUUUGAGGUGGUGCGGUUGCCAUAUCCUCUCCAAAUGAGGAGCACCGGCAAACACGCUUACUUUGUGAGGCGUGAGAGUUGGGGCUGGACAGAUUUCCUCAUGAACCCAGUGGUGAUAAUGAUGGUUCUUCCUCUGGUGAUAAUUCUGCUUCUUCCUAAAGUCGUCAACACAAAUGACCCGGAAAUGAGAAGGGAAAUGGAGCAGUCUAUGAACAUGCUUAACCCCAACCACGAGCUUCCGGACGUUUCCGAGUUCAUGACUAAGCUCUUUUCAUCCAAGACUCCCGGAAAGCCAGGAGGUGGGGGACGAGGUCCCAGGGGUGGUCCCCAGAGGAGGAAAUAGCGUUUACGUGUCAUGCGCCUGACAGAUAUUGUUACCACAAACAUUGUUUCUUCAAUGUAGCAAUUAGGCACUUUAGUAUGUCAAAGAGUCAAUAACUGAACAAAACUGAAAUCUGCAAAUCUGUGCAGUAACCUCUCUCUGUGCCUUUGAAUCGUUGCUUUUGUAAAGUUGUUUUGCUGAUUAAUUUGUCAUUUGUCAAGCUAAGGAUUUUCAACCGGACCUCUUGUUAUGGUUCUGUCUGACAGCGGUUCAUUGUGUGUUGAAGAAAAUCUGCCUUUGUGUGCAUUAAGUUAUUUUGUGCCUUCUGUAAUUUCUCAGCAAGCUUUUCCUACCAUGCUGGUAGAUUUGUCAUGAUGAUGGCCUCCGUGUCUCCUUAAGCGAGAGCUUACGUUUGUGAAUGAGUGGGUUUUUGCUUGCCUGCAAUAAAAUAUCUGUCAUUUAUUGGUGAAUUAUUAAACAAAGUUUAUCAACACAAGCAGAUCUAAC